GAAAACCCGCCACGCCGACACCAGGCUCAGAGAACGCCCAAGCGAGGCUACAGGCAGGAGCAGGCAGCCAAGUGCUGUGACACUCGACAGGUGCUGACAGGUCUCUGCCCAAGUUUUUGCAGUCAGCGGCGUAGAUGGCGUUUGUCCCCGAUUUGGACAGCCUGGAGAGCAGCAGCCUGAAUGAGGAGACAUUUUAUGGCCCCGACUGCCUCUGCCUGCAGAAGAAACCCCGCCUGGACUCAGAGGUGACAUCACCUGGGGUGGACAUCCAGGUCACAGUGACCAAGGGACACCCUGCCAGGACCUUUCGCCAGGCUGCCGUCCUCGUGGUGGCCGUGACCAAGCUCCAGAAGCGGCCGGUGCACAAGGACUUUGCCGACAGUGACCUUGGAGGCUUCCUGGAGGAUAUUUUUGGUAUGGGGGGGUGGUGUUGGGGGUGUUACUCCAGCUGGGGGAUGCUCUUGGGGAAUGUUCUUGGACCAGGGACCAUCAGCAUCUCCCUGACCGUCUCCCUCCCCGCAGAGCCCAUCUCCUUCCAGCAGAUCGAGGACACCUAUGCCAGGGCACCCGUCUAUCGCUACACCCGCUCCCAGUCCUUUGACAUCCUCGACAUCGACCACAAGUGCUUCGUGCUGGAGUCGCCCACCCAGCUGGUGGCCCUGCACCUGCAGGGACCCUCUGCCAGGUGGAAAGUGAAGCUCAACAUCGCUCUGUACCGUCCCCGGUCAUCGCAGGGUGGCCCAGGGACUGGGCGGAUGCCGGUGGCCUUGGGCAUCAAGGGUUACCAACUCUACAUGUCAUGUGUGAUGAGCGGCACUGAGCCCGUGCUGCAGCUGGAGGAAGCUGACAUCAGGAAGGACAUUGAGAGCAUGGAGCUGACCCGCUUCAUCUUCUUCCGCCUGGACAGCCCAGGCGAGGGGACCACCCGCUUUGAGUCAGCCGCCUUCCCCGGCUGGUUCAUCUGCACCUCCCUGCAGCCCCGCCAGCCUGUCGGCAUCACCAACCAGCCCGACCAGGUCAACAUUGCCACCUACAAGCUGAGCGGGCGCUGAGGAGCCCCUGCACCCAAUGCAACCCAACCGGCAGUUGCCGGUUUUCAGGCUGUAUGUACCAAGUACAAACCCCCCAGCUGGGACCCCCGUGCUCCCCAUCUAUUUCAGGUGAAAUAGCAGCUCUGGGCCCCAUGGGCCUGAGUCACCCCAAUUUGUACUUAUUUAUUGUGUCCACCCCUUGCUUUUAAUUUAUAUACAUUUUAUUGGAAAUACCGUGGUUUUGUUAUCAGGAACGGGGGUAUUUGUUGGUGAUGGAAGUGGAAAUAAAAGGUUUCCCAGGA